AUGGCUGAUGAAAUUGCAUCAGCAAUGGAGCAGGAAAUGGUGGAAGAACAGGCUAUAAAGUGCCCAAGGCCUUCAGCAAAGAGGCAAAGGAAAGGAUCUCCUGACGCCCGAGAAGAAGCAGAUAAAGAACGUGUAGACGAUAGUCUUCUGCAAGAUGCACGUAGAAUCAAAGAAAACAUCAGGGUCUACAUGAACGCAACAGACAGGAACGUGAGUGCGAAGGUACAAAAGCACGUUAAUGGGAAAAUGCAGCAGUUAAUAGAUAUAAUGGAGACAAUAUAUGAUAAGAACUAUGAAAAAACGUUUUUAGUACAACGUGUGGUAAAGGACACAUUAGCUUCCUCUGAAAUGUAUGAUAUCAUAGUAAAUGCAUUAGUGGAAAAAGCAGUACCUAUGGUUAUCGAGGGACUCAAGUCGGAAAGUAAAACCAUACAAAGACCACUGUCAGAACCUCAGACAUCUCGGGAGUUUCCAUGCGUUAAAGAACAACCGCUAUUAGCCGAUGCCCACGCUAUUAUUGAGACCACGGAGAAUGAAAGUUUCCAGGAAAGUAUCAGAUCUAGAACUUCCAUUAAGAGAGACCAUAUUUCGACCGUAGCUGACAUUGUGGUACAACCGCCCACCAAGUGA